GGAAGCGCUACCCAAAAGUCACGUCUCGGGAUUACGGAAAGCACUACGGACCCCCUAACAUUCCGCUAUCCAGAAGUUUAUGAUUAUUGGACAUUUAACUUCUAGUUAGCAAGUGCCGCCGAACUGAGUAUCUUAAAAAUUACAGUCCAUAUCGGUGGAAAUUGUUUACGAUACAAACGGACAUUAUCCUCGCCAUAAAGAUAGAACUCGCCGGUUAGCAAUUGCCGUGGCCCCCAAGUAGCGCAUCGAAUGCGAAAACCAGAACCAGAAAUCUAAUAAAGUCCCCGCCCAUUUUAACCCGAAAGUGUCGCAAUUCAUCGUGUUUAUCGUACGGCUGCUCCGAUAUCAGAGAGUCCCCGGUACUACCGAUAAUUCCCCCGUCUUUUGGCCAAUUCCCAGACCCUCGAAUGUCGCUGGGCCUCAUAUAUCUUUAGGGGACCGGAGCGACUUGCAGCUCAAUUGGAACUCGAAGGUUGAGGUCCCCGGUUGCGGGCGAAACUAGGGAUAAAAACUCUGGAUCGAUCCAGUAGUGUUCUACAAGGUCCUUAAAGUGAAAAUUCUUUUGAAGGAUAUACAAGGAUAUACAGUAUAUCUAGUAUAAGGACCAAAAAAUCAGGAUCAAAAGUUAUUGUGAUAUCCAGUUACCAGUGCAAAAAAUCCCUAUACAAAAUGAGUUUCAACUCCAAAUACCACAUCGAUGUGGACUUCGAGGUGCCGAAAAAGCUGCAAUGGUACUACGCUCCCGCCUUCUUCGGCUUCUGGUUGGUGCUCUACCUCUCGCUGGUCAACACCCAGAUGAACCACAUGCCCAGACCGCUUACCCGCAGUGAUGAGGCCUCACAUCCUGGCUCCUUCAUUGCCCAGCGUGCGGAGGAUACUCUGAUUGAGUUGACCCGAAUUGGACCUCGAGUGGUGGGCAGCUUGGCGAACGAGGAAACCACCGUGGAGUUCCUCCGCGCCGAGGUGGCCAAAGUGGAGGCGGAGAUGAGUGACCAUCUGGAGAUCGAGGUGGAUGUGCAGCAGGCCAGUGGAGCGUACAUGCACUGGGAGAUGGUCAACAUGUACCAGGGCAUCCAGAACGUGGUGGUCAAGCUCUCCGAGAAGAACUCCACCAACGAGAACUACCUGCUCAUCAACAGCCACUACGAUUCGGUGCCAGGAAGUCCGGGAGCAGGAGAUGAUGGCUCCAUGGUCGUCACCAUGCUGGAGGUGAUGCGUGUGAUUGCCAAGUCAGACGGUCCGUUGGCUCAUCCCAUUGUCUUCCUCUUUAAUGGAGCCGAGGAGAAUCCUCUGCAGGCAUCGCACGCGUUUAUUACCCAACACAAGUGGGCCAAGAACUGCAAAGCUCUCAUCAAUCUGGAUUCGGCUGGCAGUGGAGGUCGGGAGAUCCUGUUCCAGUCGGGACCCAAUCAUCCUUGGCUGAUGAACUACUACCGGAAUGUCCCACAUCCCUUUGCAAAUACACUGGCGGAGGAACUUUUCCAGGCUGGUUACAUUCCCUCCGACACAGAUUUCCGCAUCUUUCGUGAUUAUGGAGGAGUUCCCGGAUUGGAUAUGGCAUACAUCUUCAAUGGCUACGUUUAUCACACGAAAUACGACAGGAUAAACGCUUUUCCAAGGGCCUCCUUUCAGCACACAGGUGAUAAUGUUUUAUCACUGGCCAAGGCAUUGGCAAAUGCUCCGGAGGUGGAUGAUAUAGCUGCUCAUUCCGAGGGACAUAAUAUCUUCUAUGAUUUUCUUGGCUGGUUCAUGAUCUUCUACACGGAAACCACUAGCAUUAUUGUAAAUGUGGUUGUAACUCUCCUUGCUCUUCUGGGAAUCGGAAUAUCCCUGUAUUUUAUGUCCGUGCGAUCGGGUUGCAGUUGGAAGGGAAUCCUCCUUAAGUUCUCCAUCACCAUUGCCAUCCAAUUUAUUUCCUUGGCUUUGGCCGUGUGUCUUGCUCUGCUGGUUUCUCUUUUCAUGGACGGUGUGGAUCGCUCGAUGUCAUGGUUCACCUCCUCUUGGACAAUAUUUGGAUUGUAUUUGGCUCCCAUUAUCUUCGGGCUGAGUAUCCUGCCAGCUUUGUACUUGGAGAAGACGAAGAGGGAUCCCUUGGGUCUGGGUUUCCGAAUCCAACUCUUUAUGCACUCGCAUUGCAUUUGUUUGAUUGUUAUAAUGCUCACUUUGACUGGGUUGAGUAUUCGAUCGGCGUAUUUGAUAAUGCUUUGUGUGCUAUUCGACAUUGUAGCUUUGAUUGUUAAUCUCGUAACGAAAUGGCAUAGAAAGGCUUAUCUAUUUGCCAUUGCUGUCACCGUCUGCCAAAUUCUGCCCUUCGUCUUCUUCACAUAUUUGUGCACCGUGGCUUUGGUGACUUUAAUGCCGAUGCAAGGACGUUCAGGAUCCUCGACUAAUCCGGAUAUGGUCAUUGCAGCUAUCGUCUGGGUAUUUUCUCUCCUUUUUGCUGGAUUCAUAGCGCCACUUAUCAUGUUCUUCCGCAAAACGAGAACAAUAGUUCUGUGUUUCCUGGGAAUCACAAUUCUGUUUAUCAUCAUUGCGGUUACAAAUGCAGGAUUUCCGUACAAGGAGAAGACAUCUCCACAGCGUUACUCCUUGAUUCAUGCACACCGACGUUUGCAUAAUGCAGAUGGAAGCACUCGAAUCGAUGAGUCUGGCUUGUAUAUUUAUCCCCAGGAUCGACGUUUCGAAAUUGCGAGGGAUGAAAUCGAUGCCAUUGGCGAGGCGCACAAAGUAAGCGACUUUUGCGAUGAGGAAAUGUUUUGUGGCAUGCCACUUUACAAUCACCGGUGGAACAAAGCCAGGGAAUACAAUUUGUGGAUCGAAACAUCGGAAUCUCCAGAGAUACCCACCGAAUAUCCAAUAUUAGUACUGCAGGAUACCAUUGAACUGGAGAGUCCUACGCAAAGGCGUUUCAACUUCACUCUGGCAGGACCUUCUCACAUGGGUAUUUUCAUCAAUGUGAAAAACGAUGCCAAGAUUCUGAAUUGGUCCUUCAAUGAUACUCUCAUAAGAGAGCAGUCGGAACCACCUUUUAUGGUGUACUUCUCCUACGGACUGGACGACAGUCCUCUUGAAUUCACCAUCGACGUUGAGAAGACGACCUCAACCUUUGACACGUCCACCCUAGAGAUUGGAAUCGGGGGUCACUGGGUGACCCAGGAUAUAACUGCCAUAGAGAAGCUCAGCAAUUAUAUAAACCGAUUUCCAUCGUAUGCCUAUAUUCAGGGUUGGGUGGGCACUUACGAGACCUGGUACUUCUAACAGCCGCAAAUGAUAUUGCUUCCGAUUUACUAAUCGUAGUCAUUAAGCGUUAACGAUUAACUGUAUAGAAUCUGAUAAAAAAUUACAUAUUUAAUAAACUACAUUACGAAUACUAUAAUUACAAACGAA